AUGCCUCGUGGUCAGAAGAGUAAGCUCCGUGCUCGUGAGAAACGCCGCCAUAACAGAGGUGAGACCCAAGGUCUUACGAGUGCUCAGGCCACCACAGCAGAGGGGGAAGAGACCACUCCUUCCUCCUCUCCUGUUUUUGGGGAUGCUCCCUCAGGUUCCCCUGUUCCUGGCACUUCCCAGGAGCCCCAGGAAGGUGUGGCCACCACCAGUGCUGCUGCAGGUGUUUCACGCCCGAGAGCUAAUGCAGGUGCCAAGAGCCAGGUUGAGGAAAAUAAAAAUUCCUCUCAGGCCUCAACUUCCCCUGAGAUUGCUCGCAAAGAUCCUCUAACCAGGAAGGUGGGGAUGUUGGUGCAGUUCCUGCUGGAAAAGCAUACAAUGAGGGAACCCAUUAAAAAGGCAGACAUGUUGAAGAUGGUCAACAAAAGGCACAGGGAGCACUUCCCCGAGAUCCUCAGGAGAGCCUCCGAGCACAUGGAGCUGGUCUUUGGCCUAGAAUUAAAGGAAGUCAAGCCAGGCGGUCACUCCUAUGCCCUCGUCAGCAGCCUAGACCUCACCAGUGACGGCAGUGUGAGCAGCAUCUCGGGCUUUCCUAAGAAUGGGCUUCUCAUGCCUCUUCUGAGUGUGAUCUUCUUGAAUGGCAACCGCGCCUCUGAGGAAGAUAUCUGGGGAUUCCUGAAUAUUUUGGGCAUCUACGAUGGAAGGAGGCAUUUAGUCUUUGGGGAGCCCAGGAAGCUCAUCACCCAAGAUUUGGUGCAGGAAAAGUACCUGGAGUACCGCCAGGUGGCCAACAGUGAUCCUCCACGCUACGAGUUCCUGUGGGGCCCGAGGGCCCAUGCUGAGACCAGCAAGAUGAAAGUCCUAGAGUUUUUGGCCAAGGUUCAUGAUACCGUCCCCAGUGCCUUCCCAUUCCAUUAUGAAGAGGCUCUGCGAGAUGAGGAAGAGCGAGCCCGAGCCCAAGCCGCAGCCCAGGCUGCCUCUGUUACCAAGGCCGGUGCACGUUCCCGGGCCAAGUCCAGCCGCUCCUCUCGUCCCUAG